GAUUCAUGACAGUCUGUGAUCGGAGCGUGUACUCUGAACACGUCGCGCUAGGGAUCUCCCCUCAUUUGAAAUGCGUUUCUUAUAUCUCUAUAUAUUCCUACACGUCUGCUAUGCAACAAUCGACGAUUACAAUGCGAAACGAGCCCAGAUCCUCAGAGAUGAGGCCCUCUUAUCUCUAGGGGGAGACACUCAGCUCACAGAUAAAGAGCUAGCCGUCAACAACUGUCUAAUGCAACACAAGUUCCGUGAAGUAGACUACGGUUAUAACAAUCCGCAAGCAUUCAACUUCUCACAUCAUUUCUUCUUGUACAAUAAUAAUAUAAAUAAAUCUAAAGCUUACCAGAUCAUUAAGGACAUACCAAAGGGAGCGGCGCUUCAUAUUCACGAUAUGGGAAUUUUGGGACCCGAUUACAUCAUGCGCCUGACAUAUAUGGAUCAUCUCUAUACCUGUUUUGGUUUACGUGACAUACAAUUUAAAUUUUCCUUUAAAAGGCCACAAACGUUAUGUGAUGGCAGGUGGCAGUUACUUAAGGAUGUUCGAGACAACUUCAAUGAUACAACCACAUUCGAUGCACAUUUAAGGCAAUAUUUCACUAUGCGUGUCGACAACCCUGACAUGAUGUAUCCAACCAUCAAAGAAUCAUGGGGAACUUUUAUGAAAUACUUUAGUACAGUCAUUCAAAUACUCACAUACAGGCCAGUGUGGGAGCAAUACUUUUACGACGUGCUCCUGAAGUUUAGAUUGGAUAAUGUUAUGUAUAUUGAACUGAGAAGUAUUUUACCAAAUUUGUACGAUUUGGAUGGGACAGUUUAUUCACCAAUAAUAACAGCGAAGACAUACAACAAGGUAAUAAAGAAAUUCAAGAGAGAGUACCCAGAUUUUUUCGGUGCGAAACUUAUUUACGCACCAUCUAGAAAAAUUGAGAGGAUUCAAUUGGAUAAAUAUUUAAAUCUAGCCAGAACUUUGAAGGCUGACAUGCCGGAUUUAUUUGCGGGAUUUGAUCUGGUCGGUCAGGAGGACUUGGGCAGUCCUUUAAUAGAGUUCAUACCGCAAUUAUUAUCUGCCUCCAAGGAACUGAACUACUUCUUUCACGCCGGCGAAACUAAUUGGUACGGAACAUUGACGGAUGAAAAUCUUAUAGACGCUAUCUUGUUGGGAGCUAAAAGGUUAGGUCACGCGUACGGUAUUAUCAAGCAUCCGUUAUUAAUGAAAGCCGUUAAAGAUAAAGGAAUCGGUAUAGAAGUGAAUGUCAUAUCAAAUAAUGUUCUGUCAUUGGUACACGAUGUCCGCAAUCAUCCGCUGAGCGCUUUUCUAGCUCAGGGCCUGCCUGUUGUACUUUCCAGUGAUGAUCCCGGUAUAUGGGAAGCGGAUCCUUUGUCUGAUGAUUUUUACGUUGCUUUUGUGGGUGUAGCCAGCCGACUUUCAGACCUAAGACUUAUUAAGCAACUUGCUUUCAACUCCCUUAAGUAUAGUGCCCUUAAUGAAACAAUGAAAGCGGUUGCUAUAAAUCAGUUGAAAGAGCAAUGGGAUACAUUCAUAAGUAAUUUCAACUGUUCAAAAUAUUAGAGUCACCUUAUAGUAUAAUCUAUAUAUUAAUAGUCAAUUUCCUGGUGUUAUUAAUCAAAAGGCCUUUUAGCAAACUUGGUAGGUAGGUAACAUUAUAUCAAAAAAAACAUGUCUUUAAAACACACUAUUCAAACGAUAAAACAAUCACGUUGUAUUUGUUCAAAUAAAUAGGUAUCAAUUUAUGUAGAAUGUUUUUACAUAAUAUUACAUCCUCAGUAAACAAGACAUUUGUUUACAUGAACGUGUUAACUGUUUUAUAAAAUGAUUUGUGAUAAAGCUGUUUGAUGUACGCAAUACAACUUGACUUCGUUGUUAUCGUAUUACGUAUAAGAGUGUUUAACAAAAUCAUUAUAAUCAAUAUAUUACUCUGUAUAAUAAAUAGAAACAGAUUUAGAAGACAAGUAAGUAAAAUAACAAAAUAAAUAUCGUCUUAAUAAAAGGGCUCUUCUUAUCAUCAGCACCAAAACUGUUUAUAAAAUAAUUAUUCAAAUCGAAUCAGAUUUGAAUGAAAUAUAAAGUAAGUAUUUUAGUACGGAUAACUUUGUGACGAAAUUUUGCUUACUUAUUGUUGAGCAAUAUAACAAAAAGUGUAAGAAUUCUUUCCUCCAAAGUACAUCGGAUACCAUUUCUAUACAAUUGUUUCUUCAUUUUAAGAUGUUAUUCAAUUUCAAACUUUAGGAAAUCCGAAUAUGAAUUUGUGUAUAGAAAGACAUACAUUUGUUGGUGUAUAGUUACACAAUAGUUACAGCAACAAAUAAAUUAAAAAAUAUUACACCAACAAAAAAAAUAUAAAUACGAGUUGAUUUUAAUUUUUAUAAAAUACAUUAUAUGGAAGAAGAUAUAAUGUGGGCUUGUUAGAAAAGCGUCGUCACAAUUUAUUUAAUAUACAUAACAUACUCAUUAAGUUUUAAAAUAUACAAAAUUAUUUAAAAAACAUAAGUAUUUAUAAUUUGCAUGGAGCUCGGUUUAUAUUUUAUAAGUGAACAACACUGCUUUAAAUGAUGUAGAUACCAGCCUUUAUAGAGAAAAAAAUAUACUUCAGAAAGCUUUUAGUCAAGUAGGUUGAGCUAACUCAAAACUACAGGAGAAAAUUACUAUAUACACUUGUAUAUAUUUCUUAUAGCGUUAGAGCCGCCCUUAUCUUAGGGAUAAUUCUUGCAUGGCGAGUAGUUUAAAAUUUUAUUCCGAUGCAAUAAGAUCCAAUUUCGUGUUAGGGCGGGAAAUGCAGUUGUGAAGUGACACUUCGUGAGAAGAGCGCCCCAGCUAACGAAGUCAUUGUCUGCUUGCAUCUGUGUAUGUAUA